UUCUGUCUAAGCUAUGUCCCUUAAUCUGAAAAUGAAAGAGACCCAUCGUCCUUUGAUGACGACGUAAGUUUGCAUCGUCGCAGGGAGGAGCCCUCUUCGAUUUAGCAACACGUGUACUGUAAUGUGGAUGGUACAGACUGUCGUCUUGCAUUCGCCAACAUGGCUGACCCUUUAUUCUGGCAUUGAAUCGUCUCUUUGUAUUGGCUCCAGUUUCGAUUGGUUGUGGUCUAGAACCAAAGUCGUGGCCAAGCAGUUGUUGGAUUUUCACUUGAUUUGUCAAAGGUCUGAUGCAAUGCCACGUUGCGUUUUCACUCAAACUCUCUUUUCACUCAAACUCCUUCCAGGCCCAACGACAAGAGCCAACCCACUUAAAUCUAACCCAUCUCACCGCCCAGGAUACUCUUGAAGGAUGGCAAGAAGAUCCGACGAAGAGGGGGGACAAAUGAGUUUCCCGUACAAAUGCACCAGAUGCAGGAAUCAUGGGAUCUUCAUCUCAUAUCGCAGCCACAAGUGUCCCUUUUCGGCAUGUGACUGCAGGGAGUGCAGGUACACCACCAAGCGUCGACAACUGAAGAGCUUUGAGGCGAAGCUGAAGCGGCGCGAGGACAAAGUAAAUCGUUUUUUCAACCUGAAGCGGCGGAGAGCAGAAGCCAGGCUCAAACUUGCAGCCACCAAUGGAGAGGCCGGACCCUCCAGUCAAUUUGGAGAGGCCUUGAUGGCCCCUUCAACGUCCAACAGCUCUCAGGAUAUUCAGGCUGCUCCAGGUGCUGCCAGAGAGCAGAACCUCACCUGGCCUCAGAUGCUCCUUUUGGGUUCUCCCAUCGCUGGUCACCUGAGGCAGAUUGCGCCGCAGCUGUCUCCCGUCUACUUUUAUCCCACCAAUGUGCUCAACCCAUCUGUUUCUGGACAGGCUGAUGCGGAUAAGAACGAGCCGGGCACCGGGGGAGCGCUGGGCCGGGCUCAGCAGUUUUUCAGGCUGUUCCUCGUCCAUGUGCAGCCCUCCUCCGCUCCGUCUCAGCAACCUGCGCCCACUCCAGGAGACGCUGACCCACAGGCUUAAGAUGUUUAUGUAGUGAAGAGGUCAACUUGAUAUGGAAACUCAAGGACAGGUUAACACCCAGGGGCUGGUAUACUGAAGUGCUGACUAAAAGGUGCAGGCUAACAGGCGUACAAGGUGAUCUGUCAAGAGAGCAUCAGUGGUUCCUAUCAAAGGUCCAAAAUAUGUGCCCCGGUUAGUACUUUUACUGAGUCCAACACGUCUGUGUUUAGUUCUUUUUGAAUGUCUGUGAAGACACAGUAGGUCCUCGACUGACGGCAGGUCUGUCGCGAGUCGAAUUUCAUCGUAAACUGGACUUUAGCUCAGCUAAUGUGGCUGUAAACUCAAUUCUCAUCCAGCUCUUUUUUCUGCCAGUUCUGCCAGAGGUUUUGUUUUCUUCUUCAGCAGAACUUUUCUAAUCCAAACAAAAUAUAGUUUUACUGAGUUGCUCCUCCUGCUGGUCCUUCAAGUCAUUUCUCUGCUGCAGAGUAGGUUUAAGGUAAGGUAAGGUAACUUUAUUGUCAAAUAUGCUACAGUACGAGACAUAUAGUAUGGAUGAAAUAUCAUAUAAUAUACGGGUCAUUUUCGAACACCCUCAUGCUGGUCAGGUUUUUCCCUUCCUGUUGAAGAUGAGCUCCAAAUCUCUACUGUAAUUAUUGGAACACUCCUCUCUCUCAGCGUAAUUGGGGCAAGCGGUUGGCAGGCGCCCCCUCUUCUUCUCUGCUCCUCUUCAUUAGAUGUUCAAAUAGUCUUCAGAGAGUUUCUGCUGUUUCUGGCUCAGCACACGAGCCUCGAACCCCCCCAAUCGUGUGGUAGCAUCAGUCCAGUCAAGCUCUUUCAGUCAAGUAAAAUCAUGUUGUUUCCAGGAAUUUCUCCUCUGAUACUCGAUCUGAAUUAUUUCCAUUCAUCCUCUGGGAGACGGCGCCACCUACCCUUCAGUUUUAGGAGAUAUUUCCUGGUGUUUUCAAGCUUAUCACCAUAGUAUUUCAGUUUCAUCUGCUAAUAAACACAUGGGUCCCAGUACUGAUCCCUGUGGAGCUCACACACUUCCACACUCCAGUUCCUUCUGUUCCACAUCACCGUGGUCCUCAGACACUGUUGUUUCCUGUUCAAAUAGUGAUGUCUUAACUCAUCCAUGCCGCUGAUCUUUUGCUCCUGAUUCCAAAUCGUGUGUUCACUCAGUGGAGUUGUCUAGCCUUUGCACAGAGUGGGUUUCUGGCUCUUAACUGCUAGUGACGACCUGUAGAACCGGCAUCAAGCAUGUCCUCUUCUCGGACUAACUUCGAGUCACUAGUGCGAGAAAGUGGCCAGUCAUGUUGGUGCUCAGUGUAUCUGCUUCUCGUGUACCUUCCAUGUCUUGUUAGCGCUGUAGAGUCUCUCCGGCAUUGUAGGUCGUGUGGUGUGUGGACUCAAGUUUAAUUCUUUUUUUAAAAAAAAGAAACUGUCAUCUUUCUCAGAUGAUGCAUGUCUUUUCUGAGAUUUCAUAUUUGCGAUGGAAAAACCAAACGUCAGGUUCCAUAAACUCCGAGACCUACUGUGGUUGUGCACACCUGGCUGCAGAUGUGUUUUUUUCUCGUCACGUUUCAAGCCAUCAAUUUAUUACCAUUGAAUCGCACCCAUUUUGUAAAAUUUGUACACGUGAUCUUGGACUGUGGUUCUUGGUCGCCAUGUGGGACUUCAGUAAAUCUGCCCCUGAGUGUUUCAAUGAAAAAAAAAGGUCCAGGUCAGAGUGUGUUAAACAUAUGAGCCUCAGUGUGAUGGAUUUGUGGCUCAAGUUUGGACUGUCUUAUCGGAGUAAUGUCUUCUCAAAAUAUUAAUAUAGUAAUAAUAUUUUUAUAUGGUCCUCGCCAACCAUUGAUGACCUAAAAAGUUUCAUGCUUAAUUUAAGGUCAGCAUUUUACAAGCUUACUUUUUUCUGUGUUAUUUGCAUUUUAGGAGUAUUUUUGUAUCCUCAAACACACAAAAAAAGGUUUGUUUAAAACAACCAAUCUUUGAAAAUCAUUUAGUCUAGAGGGCUGAGGUCGAAAAUCAAUUGAUGUUGAAGAUCUUGUACGAUCUUACCCAGCACUGGUCCACUCCAAAACAUGAUUUCAAAUGUCAAUGUCUCAUUGAAAACGUGAUCGAAAUUUAGAGGUGACUAACUUGUGUAUCGUUGGUUCAAAACGGCUUAACUGUCCGCAAGGGGGAGGCAAACUGCUCCUGCGCUCAUCCACCCUGUCUGCACCAACUGGGUUCUCAUGGUUUCCACUGUCAUAAAUCUGGUGACCAGUGGAAGCGUGAAGAGCAAUAACUCAGAGUGAAAGGUUGUAGGACCUCAGAUGAAGGGCGGUGCUGUAAUAACCACAUAAGUUCUCGUCUCGUGGAAUUAAAAUGACUUUGCGCGGACCAAAUCCUUGUGUUCAUUUCUAUUUAUUGUUGCAGAGAAACAGUGUUAAGCUAUAGCACUCCUUUUUGAACAGAGAGCGCCCCCUACUGAGCGCUGAAAACGCAGACAGUUUAAUGAAAUAAGAUCACAUUUAUUUCAGUCCAGUCUAGUUUCAGUCAUGUCUUUUAGACCAGACAGCUUCAGUUCCCAGGGAACUUUAUCUCCUCUUGUGUUCCCCAAGGCUCUGUUUUAGGUCCCAUUCUGUUUUCGAUCUACAAGCCACUUCCUGGUCAAAUCGUCCAGCAUCACCAUGUAUCUUUCCACUGCUACGCACGCAUUUAUCUGGCUAUAAAAAAAAUCUCAUGGUGUUGGAUGGCUCAUGUCCUUCAGCUGAACCAGUCAAAAAUAGAAACAUUAGUCCGUCCCUCACCAAAGUCUCCUGAUAGCUGCCGCAGCGCCUUCUUCAAAAACAGUGUCCGAUGUGACUCUUCACUUUCAUUUCACCCUCACUUUAAAACAGUCCAGUUUCAUUCAGUUUAAAAUGAUCUCUAAUAUCAAAGCCACAGUCUCUCAAGACGACAAAAAAAAAACAUUCAUGUGGUAAACCUCACUGGCAUCAACAUGAAACAUCUAUCACACCUCCAGCAGGUCCAGAACUCAGAAACAGGGCUUCCCACUAGCUCUAGAAUGGACAUUGAGAUUGUAUUGACAACUUUAAAAGCUACUACAUUGUAGAAAUGUUGACCCCCUGCAAGCCAGCCAGGAGCCUCAGGUCGAGACUCAAUUCUGACAGGUCACCUUGACUCCUGAACAUCUCACCAGAGGAGGUC